UGAAUCAAACGCUCCAAAUUUCUGUCGAUCAUAUGAAAGCUCCUGUGUCAUGUCUGAAAUGUAGCAGAAACUGUAACUAUGUAUAUAUACCUCUCUCCCUGAUCCUAUCUCCACACAGCACAAAUAGUAGCUCCCAGAACUGCCAGCCUAUGAUCGUACGAGAUAUCAAAGAACGAGCGUCUAGCAAGCGCAUGGUCAAAUAUCAUCUUUCGAAUAGUAAAUCUGAUCAGCAACUGCCAUGCAAUGGAAGAACAGGCUUAAGAGCAUCGUCAAGUAGCACAAGAUAGUGUGACACAAGAUGUGGCACAAUUCAAGACAAAAGGCUUUGUUAAACAAGAGCUAAAUGAAAAACAUUAUCAUCAUCUGUAUGGAGUAGUUGUGAUCAUAUCCCAUCACGAAGCGAGCCACUUGAGGCUUGCGCGGUCAGUGUCCGUUCUUUCGUUCAUCUCAUUGAAUCAAUUCUCUUUUCUUUUCUUUCC